AUGAGAGGUAGCAACAGCUCCAAGAGAGCACGCAGUGAGUCCAUGGAACGUAGUUCCAGCAGCAGUGAAAACAAGAAUAAUAACAACAACAACGAGAACAGCAGCAGCAGCAACAACAACAACGACAAUGAAAACAGCGCACGUCAUGUGAAUGCCGGCCGCACAAACAAUAUGAAUUCGAAUAAUAAUAAUAUGAGCAGCACCCCAACGCCGGUGACGCAGCCCAGUUCGGCGACGGACACUCCCCCGCGGGAUUUGGCCCUGGAGGAGCAGAUGGAAAGACUGGAGGUGGAUGAGGACUUCAAGGCAUCACUCCGCAGUAUGUCGCCUAAUUCGAGAAGAGAGGUACUGGAAGAUGUAAUACGCGCACAGCAGAACGAACGUUUUCAUCGCUCGUUUGGCGUUGCUGCUCGAUUGGGUUCUUUCCCUUUAGACGCUGCGCUUGGCGGUUUGCUAAACUUGAUGGCGAUGAAUGUUGCGGAUGACAGCAGUGAUGGAGAGACUGGAGUCUCCUUACUGCCGGAUCAACUGCCGUCGCCCCCACAAACACGACAACAACAACAACAACAACAACAACAACAACAGAGUGGAGCUGGUGGUUUACAUAAUGACGCUCUCCCUGAUCCAUCGCCGUUUGGUAUUCCACUGAUUGGAUUUAUGCGAGCCUCCCGCAUGCUGCGCGAGAACACAGAUUUCGUUCGAGUGAUGGAGGAAAUUAUUGCCAGACGCAAUCUUGGCAUCACGGAGGAUGUGGAUGAGAUGUCCUACGAGGAGCUGCUGGAGCUGCAGGAGCGUAUUGGGUAUGCGAGCAAAGGAAUCACAAAAGAACAGAUGCGGGAGUGUUUGGCUGAUGUCGCGCGGCCAAGUGAUGGGACAUGUGUGGUUUGUCAAGGCGAAUGGCAGGAAGGCGAUGCUGCUGCUGAAUCAGCGGUGGAACUGAAGAAAUGCCAUCAUGUAUUUCACCGUGCUUGUAUUGAACAGUGGCUUGGAUCUAACAAGACGUGCCCUGUGUGUAAACAGGAAGUAUUGUAG